AUGAUUGUUGCAGGUAGUAGCCAGAAGAAGAAGGCCAGCACUCUAUUUAGUCCUAGGCAAUCUCCGGUCGAGAAUUUUCCGGGAAAGAAUGAGAUUUCUACCAUCAAAACCACUAAUUCAGGAGGAUGUUGUCGGAGGCUUAACGACUGCAUGGGUAAGGGAUCUAUUGUCUCGACGAAGGAGAGCCAGCAGCAGCAGCAGUCUAGAUCCGAGCUGAGGCAGCAGGUAUUUGGACCACAGCUAUUGUUAGGUGCAUGGUAUAGUCAAUGUCGACCAGUCCCAGCUGCUAAUCAUAUAUGGCCAAUUGAAAAAGCUGAUUGGACCAAGCUGGUUAGCCUUGCUAAAGUCCCCUCCCCAAGGCCUACAAGGCCUAACCUCCUUUAUGUGGCUCUGAGAAGUCUUGUUUCGAUUUUGAAGGUGGCAGACCUUGAAAGGGAAGUCCUUAAGCAGAAGGAGCUCCGUAUCAUGUACAGGAAGAGGAUGGAAACUACACAAGAUUAUCUAAAAUAUUGUCUUCAAGUAGCACAAGAAAACGGCUUCUUGGACCUCAUAAUUCAAAACAAAGAUGAUCAACAAGGAAUAAAAGAUGCUCUUCCCACCAAUAUUGUCAGCCCCAGAAUUACCAGUCCUCAUCAGCUGCCCACUCAAGUGCCCCAACUUCCAAAUCUUGCUUUCACUAUCGAUCAAGCCAAGAUGAAUGGAUGGUAUAUUGAAUCUCACGAGAUCGAAUUUCAAGAGAAAAUUGGCCAAGGAAGUACUGCAGAUAUUUAUAGAGCAAUUUGGCGAGGAUUUGAUGUUGCAGUGAAGUGCAUGUUUCCUGACUUUUUCCUUUCAAAUGAAAAUGGUGUCAACUUUUUUGCUCAAGAACUUGACACUUUAUCUAGACAGCGGCAUUGUUAUGUGCUGCAACUAUUGGGGGCAUGCAUUGAUCCCCCUAGUAAUGCAUGGGUAGUGACAGAAAUCUUAGGCAUGACACUAAAGGAGUGGCUACAUGGACCAGGUAGCAGGCGAAACGAGCGAUCGGUUCCAAUUCCUCCAUUUCAAAACAGGGUUACUGUGGCAUUGGAGAUUGCUCAAGCAAUGCAAUAUCUCCAUGAACAGAAGCCCAAGGUCAUUCACCGUGACCUAAAGCCUAGCAAUAUAUUCUUAGACGAUUCCAAUCACGUCAGGGUGGCAGAUUUUGGUCAUGCUAGGUUCUUGGAUGACGCAGAAAUGGCACUCACCGGUGAAACAGGAACAUAUGUCUAUAUGGCGCCAGAGGUGAUUCGCUGCGAACCUUAUAACGAAAAAAGCGACGUUUAUAGCUUUGCUGUUAUACUUAAUGAGCUUAUGACUGGGGAUUAUCCAUACAUAGAAACAGAUUUCGGUCCCAGCAAGAUUGCAAUGGAAGUUGCCGAAGGAAAGCUGAGGCCUAUGCUUCCUCACGAGGACAAUGAUCAACUUGGCGAGCUCAUCGAUCUCAUUUCUCAAUCAUGGGAUCAAGAUGCUUCUGUUAGACCAUCCUUUGCCACAAUCACUUCUAGUCUCAGAAAAAUCCAACAGAGAAUCAUAGAGGAUGCUUAAAAAUGUCAGAUUUUAUCACUUCUUAAUGUAAUUGUACUUUAAGAGGUCUAAUAAUUAAAUACUUGUAUGAUUGGUAAUAUUUAUAAUUAUGAUUAUAAUUCCA